CUCCACCCCUUCACCUUUUCUACCUAUCAGUAAUCGAACACCAUUCCCUAUGAACAUCUCGGGGACGCUGAACGUUUUCAGGCUGAUCAGGGAUCCGGCAUUGUGCUUACCUCAUCAUACAGUUUCCACGUUCAAUCAUUUGCCAGUGCCGUUGUCUAGGGCAUUUGCAGCAAGAGAUGGAGAAGCAAAGGUGGAUAUCAGGGCGGUAGUCCUAGACAAGGAUAACUGCUUUGCUGUACCACAUGCCGACGAAGUCUAUAAGCCGUACAAUGAAAAGUUUCAAGAACUCCGCAAAGCCUACCCUGGCUCCCGACUCCUGAUUGUUUCCAACACAGCUGGGACAGGGUCCGAUCCGGGAUAUAAGCAAGCAGACGUCCUUGAACGCAAUACAGGAGUCAAAGUUCUCCGACAUAAGACCAAAAAACCUGGAUGCCGCGAAGAAGUGUUUGACUACUUCCGUAGUGCCCCAGACUCUGGCGUAACUUGUGCCUCUCAAAUCGCUGUGGUAGGAGAUAGGCUUUUCACCGACGUCAUGAUGGCAAAUUUGGUGGGCGGGCAUGCGUUCUGGGUGAAGGAUGGUGUUGUCGAGGACAAGAGCUUCUUUGCACGCGUGGAACAUAAGUUUGCCGCAUUCUUGACGAGGAGGGGAUACUGUCCACCAAAUCCAAAUAGCGGAUUUGAAUAGCCGGACUCCAGAGCUGCUGUCGCGUUCGCGGUUCGUGAUGCAUCCUGUAACAUACUGUAUUUGAUAGAGGCUCCUCACAAUGCCUUGUAGAGUCUAAUAGCAAAUGAGCUAUUCGUGGAUUCCAACAGCCUGUGUCUGUGAAGUAAAAAGCGACAGCAGUGGGUGCCGCGCAGUGUCUACGUAGUGUCUAAC